AAAAGAAUUGACUGUAGCAUAUCCUUUGACCUCUGUCACAUGUAAGCAAAUGUAUGCACAUAUGCACAUAGACAAUAAAUACAAGGUAAUUUAUAGUUAAUUUUUUUAAACUGAAAUAAGGUUGAGAGACAUGGCUCAGAUGGUAAAGCUCUCCCAUUCAAGCAUGAGGACCAGGGUUCGUGUCCUAGCAUUCACAUAAGACAGGACGUGGCACCAACCAUCUGUAAUCCCAGCCCUGUGUGAGAGGGGAGGCAGGAGAAGCUCAGGACUCUUCAUACACAAGCUAGCCUGGCAUUCCUUUCACAGUAGCAAGAAAUCCUUCCUCAGUGAGCUGAAGGCAAACACUGAUGCCAAGGUGGUUAUUUGCCUUCCACAUACACACCGUGAUGCGCUUGCCCACACUUACAUUCAAGCAUACGUGUGUACAGUCAAUGUAUAUUCAUACAAAGACACAAAGGUAAACAAAACCCAAACACGGGAUUUUAUAGAGAACACCCACAUCCCUAUCAACAUGAAUGUCAACAUCUUAUACUUUUUAUCUGGUUUUUAUUUUUCUAGUGCUUGUGUGAUGGGAGAGAGGGUCUCAUACCAUGACAUUGGCGUGAAGCCCACUAGGCACCUCUUUCAGUCUCUAUGUGCUGGCCUGCUCUGAUUGUUUAUGAACAAAUCCAGAGAGACUAAUUUUUCUUUUCCUCCCCUAUCCCCCGAGAGAGAGUUUCUCUGUGUAGUACCCCUGGCUGUUCUUUUUUUUUUUUUUUUUUAAGAUUUAUUUAUUUAUUAUAUGUAAGUACACUGUAGCUGUCUUCAGACAUUCCAGAAGAAGGCGCCAGAUCUUAUUACGGAUGGUUGUGAGCCACCAUGUGGUUGCUGGGAUUUGAACUCAGGGCCUUCAGAAGAGCAGUAAGUGCUCUUAACCGCUGAGCCAUCUCACCAGCACCCCCCCCCCCGCCCCGGCUGUUCUUGAACUUGCUUUAUAGAUCAGGUUGGCCUGAAACUCUUAGAGAUGGGCCACCACUGCCAAGUGACUGAUUUUUUUCUUGCUGGCUUCUGUCACUGAGGGUAUUAAAGAAGCCAAAUAUGAGCCAGGCAUGGUGGCACAUGCCUUUAAUCCCAGCACUUGGUAGGCAGAGGCAGGUGGAUUUCUGAGUUCCAGGACAGCCUGGUCUACAAAGUGAGUUCCAGGACAGCCAGGGCUAUACAGAGAAACCCUGUCUCGAAAAACAAAAAAAAAAAAGAAGCCAAAUAUGGAGUUUCAUGCCUUUAAUCUCAGCAUUCGGGAGGCAGAAGCAGGAGGAUCUCUGUGAAUUCGAGGCUAGCCUGGUUUAUAUAGGAGUUCCAAGACAGGCUAUAGAGAGGCCCUGUCUCCAAAAUAACCAGGGGGCAUUGUGUUUUGGGGAUGGAGUCAGGGCCUCACACCUGGAGAACAAGCACUCAGACACUAAGCUCAAUUCCCCAGCCUCUUCAGAACUGAAAUUCUCCACCAGGGAGACAUCACCAGUUGUUCAGAAGAUGUGAGGGAAAUGGAAUAUGGCAGGUGGUUCUUGUACGCAUGGUGAAACACGGCAUGAAAUUUACCACUGAAACCAUUGUUAUUGGUCUGUUUCAUUGGCACAUGUGUGUCAUGAAAACCCCAUCCCAGUUAAACACUUAUGCCUGCUCUCCCUCACCAGCCCUGCUUGUUGCCCUCAGACCCCGCUUGGCCUGUACACCACACUCGUGCCUACUUAUACUGUUUUUCCUUUUCGGGUUUUCCAGACAGGGGUUCUCUCUGUAGCCCUGGCUGUCCUGAAAUUUGCUCUGUAGACCAGGCUGGCCUUGAAUUCACAGAGAUGGGCCUGCUUUGGCCUCCCCAGUGCUGGAGUUAAAGGCAUGCACCACCUAGCCCUUUGCUUUCUCUUAACUUCUUUUGUUUUUUAUUGUUGUUGUUGUUGUUGUUUUCUCCUUUACAUGUGAAGGUAGGAGUCAUUGCUCCUGUGUAACGGUACUCUCGAGUUUUAGUGUUUGCUAGGGUUAGUCACCAUAUCUAGUUGCCUGUAUACCUGAGUGGAGGGGCUUGGGAUCAUAACACAGGCUGGUACCCCAAGCCCUUUAAAGGGUGAAAGUAAGCAUAGUCCCUCAAGUCUAGAUCGAGUCAGUUGCAGAGACCAGCCUCUUCUGGGAUCUUUCUAUUUUAUGGGAGCGUCUUCACAUCUUUUGGGAUAAGUCCUGGAAGCUUGAUAAAGAGAAGCUUUGCUGAGAAGUCCAUACAGCCUGCUCUCCGAUCAGGGAGCAGCCCUCAGAGAAUGAGGGCUUUCCUGUCAUGCCAGCCUCGACUGAGGAGGCAGAGGGACCCACAGGAUCUGGCUCCCCGUGAGUCAUGCAGGCACAGGCGUCUGUAAGGCCUCCAUGGAGCUGGUGGUCAGGGAGCCUGGCCCUGGUGGAUGGGAUUUCUUGAAUUUAGAGGUAAAGACACAAGGCAGAGUGCAAAUGAGUCUCGGAUCCUCACCUUCCAGGGCAAGGGGGAAGUCAGUUGAUUCCUGGACCUAAGCAACAUGGGAACUGAAGGGUGCUACAUCUGGUAGGCAAAGCCUCCAGCUUUCCUGCCACAAAAUUACCUAAGGGGUCUUUGCAUAGGUCCAAGGUCCUUAGCAUCCCAUGAGAGGGGCAAGCAUUGUUGUCUCUGGGACUGGACUGGGCUCCUGACCUGCCACUGUUAUGCUGGGUAUGACCUACAGGCAACACCAACUGGAAAAGGCUAUUAGGGAUCCAGUGCUCUUCCAGCCUUAGGCCACAGUUGUCCUGUUGGACACCAGAGAUGACCCCGCCUUUGGGAAGCUGAUGCAGGCUCCUAGACCAGGGAUCCAUGGGUCAGAAACAGGGGACCAGGAGGCACUGGACCCAGAGAACUUGUGGGUACGAGCAAUGAAGCUAAAAAUGGGUCUGGAGGGAUGCUUAAUGGGACUAAGAGAACUUAAUGUUCUUGCAGAAGAGCCAAAGGUGCACAUAUAUACACAUACAUGUAAAAUGAAUAAAGGUGCACAUACAUACAUAUACAUACAUGUAAAAUGAAUAGAUAAUGGCUGGAGAUGACUUGGUGGUUAGAGCAUUGAAAUGUUCUUUCAGAAUACAGAAGUCUGAUUCCCAUAUCACCCAUAUCAUUGGGUCAUUGGGUCACAACCACCUUCGACUAGAGUUCCAGGGAAUCUGAUCUCACACAAACACACACUAAAUCUGCUGGGCAUAGUGGCAUAGCCUUUAAUCCCAAUACUAGAGAGGCAGAGGCAGGCUAAUCUUGAGUUAAGGCCAGCUUGAUCUGCAUAGUUCCAUUACAGCCACAAGUACAUAGACCUGUCUCAAAACCAAAACCAAACAAAAAUCCCCCAAUAAUUAAUAAAAAUAAAUCUUUAAUUUUUCUUUAAACAGGGUAUCACUAUGUAGUCUUGGCUAGCCUGGAACUCAGAGAUUCGAAUGUCUCUGCCUCCUGAGUGCUGGAAUUAAAGGACGGAGGCUCUGGACUCCCACAUUCUGAAGAGAGACCCAUCUGCCAGAGGGCUGAAGGUGGCCUUGAGGGCCAUGCUCUGGGUCUCAGGAUGCCCCUGCCUGAGCCCAGUGAGCAGGACUGUGAGAGCCUGAGAGCUGGCCAGGAGCCAUCUGUUGGAGCCAGGAAGCCUCAAGAGUCCUCCAAUCUGGUCCCGGCCAGGGAUAAAGAGAGACCCAAGCCGACAGAUGUCGCGUCCCAGGAGACGUCUAGCACUGCAACCCUACCGAACAAUACUCUCCAGGUUGCACCAGUCAAGAAGCAAGGACGGAUAAUUCACCGGAAACGUAGUAGGGUAGAUGCAGUUCCUCCCCAGCCUCUGGAGUUCCUGAAGACCCCAUUUGGGGGCCGCCUUCUGGUGCACAAGUCAUUCCUGUACAAGCAAGAGAAGGCUGUGGGGGACAAGGUGUACUGGAAAUGCCGCCAGCACUCAGAGCUAAGCUGCCGGGGACGGGCCAUCACCCGUGGCUUUCGAGUCACAGAGAUGCGGGACCACUGUCACCCACCUGAGAAGGAGGGCCUGGACAGGAAAAAGCGCCACAGGGGAAGGCCGCCCAGCUCAGCCCUGCCUGAGGGCGCUGAAGUCCAAGAAGAUGAAGUGAGCCUAUGGUUGUACCCUGUGGAGCCAGAACCUACUCCUCAGCCAAGCAUUGAAACCCCAGAGGAGGAGCAGGGGUACCGGUCCCUGGCACUGCAGAGCCUGCCUCCCAAGAAACGCCCUACACCAGGAGUGGUACGGUAUCGGCCUCUUGAGUUCCUGAAGACUUGCUAUGGGGGUACCUUCCUGGUUCACCAGUCCUUCCUCUACAAGCGGGAAAAGACGGUAGGAGGCAAGGUGUACUGGACCUGCCGGGAACAUGCAGUCCAUGGCUGCCGUAGCCGAGCCAUCACCCAGGGCCAGCGUGUGACAGUGAUGCGCAGCCAUUGCCACUCACCUGACAUAGAAGGCUUGCAGGCCCGGCGACAGCAGGAGAAGACCAUAAAGAAGAUACAGGCAAGGCGAAUUGGGGCUGGGGACUUGGAGGAUUGCGAUGACAUAGAGGACUCACUGCUGCAAGGAGUGGACAGCCUGUUCUACCGAAGAGGGCAGGGCACACUGACUCUCAGUAGGUCCAAGUCCAAGUCCAAGUCCAAAUCCAGGUCCAAGUCCAAGUCCAAGUCCAGGUCCAGGUCUAGAAAACGAGCAAAGAAGCAGCAGGAAUCCUCGCAGGAGCCCCCCGAGGAGGACCAGGAUGUAGACCCCAGAGGCCCAGAGUUCCUAAAAACCCCUCUAGGGGGCAACUUCCUGGUGUAUGAGUCCUUCCUCUACAGACGGGAGAAAGUGGCUGGUGAGAAGGUGUACUGGACCUGCCGGGACCAGGCACGCAUGGGUUGUCGCAGCCGCGCCAUCACUCAGGGCAGGCAGGUGACUGUGAUGCGAAGCCACUGUCAUCCACCAGACCUGUUAGGAUUGGAGACUCUGAGGCAGCGGGAGAAACGCCCAGGCCCCUCUCAGUGGGAUGGCCCAGAAGGGCCUGAGUUCCUAAAGACCCCUCUAGGAGGCAGCUUCCUGGUAUAUGAGUCCUUCCUCUACAGACGGGAAAAAGCAACUGGUGAUAAGGUGUACUGGACCUGCCGGGACCAGGCACGCAUGGGCUGUCGCAGCCGAGCUAUCACACAGGGCCAGCGGGUGAUGGUCAUGCGCAGGCACUGCCACCCACCGGACAUGGGUGGCCUGGAAGCCCUUCGGCAGAGGGAGAACUUCCCUAACCUGACCCACUGGGAAGGCCCAGAGCCCCUGCAGCCACUGGAGUUCCUGCGGACAUCCCUUGGAGGCCGCUUCCUGGUGUAUGAGUCCUUCCUGUACAGGAAGGAGAAGGCUGCUGGUGAGAAAGUGUACUGGAUGUGUCGAGACCAGGCUCGGCUGGGCUGCCGCAGCCGAGCCAUCACCCAGGGCCGGCGGGUCAUGGUGAUGCGGAGCCACUGCCACCCACCUGACCUGGCUGGCCUGGAGGCCCUGCGGCAGCGGGAGAAGGCCCCCAGUGCAGCCAAGAAGAAAAAGAAGAAGAAGAAGAAGAAGAAAGGAAAAUCAAAGAGCAAAAACUGAGCAGCCAGUCCUGCUGAAGUGAGUCUUCUCUGGAGCAACAGAGGAGCAGCUGGCACCCCAAAUGCUUCCCAUCCUUGCAGGCGUUUCCCAUCCUUCAGAUGCACUUGAUGACAACUCUUCCAAAGCACCCAGGACUGUCACAUUUCCUCAGAGGUCUCCCAGGAGGAGUGCUUGGACUUUGGGUGGUAACCAAGCUGGAUGGGUGGCCUGCAGGCCUGUCCCAUGCUGCUCUUACCAUCCUGACCUUAGACAGCUGUGGAGAACUGUGUCUGGAUGAUAUACCUCUGCCCUGCUCUGCUCUCCAGGCCUCAGCACCAUCUGCUUUCAGAGCACACUGCCUUGCUCAGAGCUUUCCAGUGGGCGUGAUCCCGUGUGCGCUCCAUGAAGUUCAGCAAAAUGCAGUCACCCCAAGCCAGGAUAUGUGCAGGAACUUCUUGCCACCCUCUGAAGACAGUGCAAGUCACAGCAGGGUUUGUUUUGCUUUGUGGCAUCUUUUAGGGGCAGGUGUGAGGCCUGCCUGCUCUUUAGUCUCUUGCUGCUUGCUAAGGCUCACCCAGCUCUGACUGUGGCAGAGCGGAACAGGCUAAAGGCUUCGCUCUACCUCCCUGGCAGACUUGGCACCCUGCGUUCUUUCCCAACUUAAACCUGUGUCCACAGUUCUUGGGAGCCAGCCCAGAUGUCAGGAGGAGGUGACACCAUGUAGGCAUGCUCUAGUGGCAGCGGCACCACUGAGGGUUGCUCACCUGGUGUCGCAUGAUGCACCAGGUCAGUUAGAUGGCAUCAAAGCCACCUCCUGUAGAAGAGUUUAGCAGGACUCAGGAGCCAUGCCAGCAGUGGCACUCUAAUGUCCCCAGGAACGGCAGAAUUUCCUGCGUGCUGCACCCUGGCCAGAGCUGUCCUCAUCAUGUCAUAGAGCUGCAUGCUCCUCUCCCUUAGCAAACAAGCCGUGGAACAGCCACCCCUGUGGGAUAGUAAUGGCCUGGUGCCUGCCGCUGUCUUCUGCUCAUCUGAUUCCCUCAAUAAACCCUGUGUAGUCUCAUGGUACAGA